UUUUAAGCCCCUAAAAAAAUAAGAAAGAAAGUAAGAAAGAAACUCUUGGUUCAUGCUUCUCUUCGACGACCCCCUCUCCCCCUCCUCGUUCCAGUUCAUCUCUCUAGAUUUAGAUCAUCCAUAAAGCUUCCCCUAUCCAAAUCCAUCAAAACCCACGUCGAUUCUUCGCGAAUCUCCAUUACCCAUAUCUCGUAAUCUCACAACUCUUCUUUAUACGCCUAUAAAGAUCAAAACUCUCUCAGAUAAAUAGAGAGAUGUGGACGUGUGUUUUUCUUUGUUGAUGGGAACAUGCAGUUGUGUUGAUUAAUAUACGUCGGUGGAGGGGAGCUAUAGUGAGUAGAGAAGAAGGGAUUUCUGAGAUAAAGAGAUGGCGAAUCAGUUUGUGAAAGUGAAGAGAGAGACGAUUGCAUCGUGCAUGACAUGUCCUCUCUGUAAUAAGUUGCUGAAAGAUGCCACUACCAUAUCGGAAUGUCUUCAUACGUUCUGCAGGAAAUGCAUAUAUCAUAAGAUAUCAGACGAAGGAGUAGAUUGCUGUCCCAUAUGCAAUAUCGAUCUUGGAUGUGUUCCAUUGGAAAAAUUAAGGCCAGACCACAAUUUGCAAGACGUAAGGGCCAAGAUUUUCCCAUUCAAAAGAAGAAAAGUAGAGGCACCUGAAGUCAUACCCUCAGUUGUAUUACCUGUUAGAAGGAAGGAAAGAUCACUUUCAUCAUUGGUGGUCUGCACUCCCAAAGUAUCAACACAGGUUACAACAACCAGAAGAAGAACAAAACCUGUUCCCAGAAAGGCUACUGCCUCACGAGUUUCCAGUUUUCCUAUUGAGAAACUUAUUAAAAAGAAGGAAGAUGCUGCAAAAGACUGUUUAGAGAAUUCAAGUUCUCCUGAAACCAUAAAUAAGUUCAAUCAGCAUCUAAGGCAGAAUUCUUCCUCUGCCAAGGCUAGCCAGCCUGCUCUGAAUAAUGAGGCAGAUAAUGGUGCUGAAUUAUGGGAUGGGAAAUCAGAUCUCUGGCAACCAUUGAAUUGUUUGGUGGAAGUUGCAAAUAGGACAAAGUCUUCCAAAUCUUCUUCACAAGUUUCUGAUGCUAAAUUUGAAUCUAAUCAUGAUCCUGACAAUGAAACUCGUGUGUGUAAGACCAAAUAUAGGGAAAACAAAGGCAAAUCAGAAGUAGAGGAUGACAAGAGUAACAAUAAUACAGUGCCUUCUGAGUCGAAAGGCCCCAAAAGGUUGCGCAGGAUUCGUCGAAAAAAGGCUUCUAAUUUUGGAUAUCCUGGCAUUUCAUCCCAAGCUGUGCUGGAUUCUGCCAGUGCAAAUCAUGAGAAAAGAACUGGUCCAGUUUGGUUUUCACUUGUAGCUUCUGAGGACCAGGAAGGAGAUGCACCCCUGCCACAAAUUCCCGCAAAUUACUUGAGGAUAAAGGAUGGAAAUUUACCUGUUUCUUUUAUCCAGAAGUACCUGAUGAAGAAAUUUGACCUUGCUAGUGAAGAUGAGAUUGAGAUUAAAUUUAUUGGACAAACAGUAGUCCCCACACUAUCGUUGUACAAUUUAGUUGAUCUAUGGAUACAGACAGCAUCAACGUCAGAACGAGUACCAGCAUCCAUUGGCUCCUCAGCAAAGGAUUUUGUAAUGGUGCUAGCCUAUGCUCGCAAGGUCCCAGACCCUGAAUAAUGCUCUGCUUCGCCAUCGUUUCUGCGCUUCAUGUAUUCAUUAAUGAUGUGCUUUGAACCUUGGUGAGCAAAUGGCAUGGCAUAUUUAUCGGAAUUGUAUAUUACAGCCACGCAUUCCGUACCUCUACAGCAUUUGCAGCAAGCACAUUGCAGCAGAUAGAAAGGUGUGAAUGCUCUACUCAUUAGGAACCGCAAUCAUCUUGGAUGUUGAGAUGUCUUGCAUUACUAAGGACCAUCUGAUGUUAAAAUAGUUGAGUUGUAACUAUCAAAGUUUUCCGGAUGCUAUGUAACGAGACGCACGACUUGGUCUUGGAUGCUAAGAAGUGCUAAUUAUAAACUACGCUGGAUUUACUGUUCA